UAUAUAAGAACCCAUUAUAUAUAAGAACUAAUCUGGACCGUAGGAUUAGAUUUGAUAUGACCACUCAAAAUGAAUUGGUUAGUAAUGACACUUUUGUAAUUUUUGAUGCACACUUUCCUCUUUCUUUCUCCUCAUUCACAAUUUUACGGUUUCUAUCCCCUUUCUUUUUCUCUCUAGACUUACAUCAAACAGCUCUCUCCUCUCGUAAUUUUGGGUGCAAAUUCCUUCAAGAAAUGAAGGUUAUUUUGUCUCUCCUCUCUUCUCUUUCGUACUUUCUCUCUCUUCAACCAGCUUCUCUAUGUGUGUUUCUCUUUCUUCGUUCUCUCUCUAAACGUGGCGGAAGGAGGAAGGCGGCGAGUUUUGGUGGAUUCGAGUUUCAGGAGAAGCGGCUAAGGUAUUUUUGGAGAUUGUAUUCAUAUGGUGAGAACUAGAGGUAGUGCGACUUUUAAAAAAAGGAGAGGCCUUCGUAGCUCAACAGGAGUUAAUUUGCAAGAUAUAGAAGAUGAAGAACAUAUUGAUGGUGGAAGCAAAAUGAUUGAUGAUGAUACUAACAGAGAUAAAGGGAAACAAAUAGAGACUGUCAAAGAUGUUGAAAUUGAUAAAGAUGCUUGGAUUAGUAAGAUGCCAGGGAUGCCAAAAAAAGGAUUGAAAAAGACUAUCACUAAGAAGUGGAAUGAGUCUUGUUCUUCACAUGCUAUUGUUUUGUCAGCUAAGAAGAGAAAGUUGGAUAAAAAUGAAGGCCGUAAAGUGAAGAAAGUGAAGGCAAAUAAGGAUAAGAAAAUUGUGAUUCAUAGGCAAGAAUCUGCAAUCGUAGAUGGUGAUGUACAUAUGGUGCAACGAGGAUUUAAAACAUGUUGUAGGCCAUUUCAUUUAGUAGAGAUGAUUAAAAAAAUUUCAGAUGAUCAAAUCAAGGCUGUGAAAGAAAUUGGCUUUGGAGGUUUGUUAUCUUUGAAGAUUAAAUGGAGGUCUCAUUUUGGUCUUAUGGGUGAGAAUGAUCAAAUUCCUUUGAGUUUUUUGGAAUCUACGAUCCCUUUACUAAUAGAUGGCGGGGAAGAAUUCAGACAACUUUUUAUCAUGCAUGCUUUUUCAAGUUUUUUAGCACCUACGUCCAACAGAACUGUGGAUUUGAGAAUUGUAAAAUGUUUGGUUGAUGUUAAUCAAAUAAGAACUUAUGAUUGGUCAAAAUAUGUCUUAGAUAGACUUUGUGAAGCUGUGAAGAGCUGCAAAGAAGGAAAUAUAGAAUGGUUUUGUGGUUGUGUUUUGAUGUUAGAGAUUAUCUAUUUUCAUCGAUUGAGGUUUAGGAAUGUUGUGUUAAAUUCUACAAUACCUUUAAUUCAACAUUGGACUGAUGUGGAUAUAAGAGAUAUAAUUACAAAAGAAAAGUUGUCCAAGGGUUUUGGUGUGGCAUUCUUGAGUUUGAUACAUAUCCAGUGAGUGAGAAGUUUCAAUUUGAGGAUGGACAAGUUGUUAAUAAUC